UUCUUCCUCUUUCAAACAAAACAAGUUUUUCUUCUUCUUCUUCUGCCCCCAUUUUUUUCUCCUCACUCUCCUUCUCGUUUUCGUUCUCGCGGGUUUUUGUGAAGCCAAAAACUUUCAAGAAAGACAGAAUCCGAGUUUGCUUUUUGCUGUUAAUUGCUUCGUGGGGAGAGAGUGGAAGUAAAAGGAGAAAAAUUCAUUUAUUUUCAUAUUCAUUCGAAUUAAUUGCAUUAAUUUUAAGAGAAGAAGAAGAACAAAAAAGGAGCAGUUUUUGCGAUCUGGGUGUGCGCUGUUUUUUGGCGUCAUUUGAUGACAAAGCGUCAUCAUCAUCAUCAUCAUGUUUCGUGUCAUGGGUUUUGCUGAUUUGAAUCACCACUCGCCACCCCACCAGGGCUUGUUGUUUUGUGCAGCGCACGCGGGUUGUGUUGUGUGAGGAGCAUGCGUUAGAAUUAGAACAGCAAGUGUUGCUACUUCACGAUGUUCUAUGUGGUUUUGCCUUUGGUAACGUGCAUUGAUGGAGGAUUAUAAGAAGAACCAUCCUUAUCAGCAACAGCAACAGCAUCAGCAUCAGCAAGAAGAAGAGAAAGAAGUAGUGUGUGAGAAGAUGGAGAGGUAUCCUAGGGAUUUGCUUCAAGGAUUUUCCAUCAGUGGUGUUGCUACUAUUAGGGAUGAUAAUAACAAAAUUAACAAUAAUAACAUGAUGCAGCAACAACAUCAUGUUCUUCAUCAUCACCAUGAGCAGCAGCAACAGCAAGAGCAGCAUGAGGAGGACGAUGAAGAGGUUGAGUUGAACCUUGGUCUUUCUCUCGGUGGAAGAUUUGGGGUGGACAAGAACGCCAAAAAAAAGAGGCUUUUACGCUCUUCUUCUGUGGUGGGGACAAUGCCUCUGUUCCGGCAGGACGAUGCGGUGGCGCCGUCGGCGGCGGCGUUCCCGGCGCUCAUGAGGACGUCGUCGCUGCCCACAGAGACCGAGGAGGAGUGGCGGAGGCGGAAGGAGAUGCAGACGCUGCGCCGGAUGGAGGCGAAGAGACGCCGCUCGGAGAAGCAGAGGGGUUCCCGGGAGGUCUUCGCCGGCGCCGGCGAGGAGGUGGAGGCAGGGGGGACUAUGGCAAUGGGAUUCAACAAGUUUGGUUCUUCGGCGGUGGCGGUUCCGCCGCCGGGGUGGGGUGUUCCGGCAAAGCAAGUUGUUCUUGGUGAUGUGUUGGGGAAGGGAAGGGGGUUUCAAGGAUUGUUUGGGCAACCAUCUUCUCAGGGUUCGGCUGAUUCUCAAGGAGGAAGCUCUUCAUCAAUGUCUGAAAUGGAUAGCAAGGCUUUUCUAGGAUCAAGUAGCUGUGGUGAAGCAAAAAGCCCUGUUAGUAAUCAAUCGAUGCAAGAACGAAGCAGCCAGGAUCCUGCGGGUUCAGGGGGAAAGAUGAAUGAGAAUGUGACUAGAACUUCCAAAGCUGAGGCGGAGAAUCCAUCUAGGAAACCCCAUCCUGCCCAAAAAAUAACGGGAAGGCACAUUGGGACAAACUCAAUGGAAGACAUGCCUUGUGUAUUUACAAAAGGAGAUGGUCCUAAUGGAAGAAGAAUUGAGGGUAUCUUGUACAAAUAUGGUAAGGGGGAGGAAGUGAGGAUCAUGUGUGUGUGCCAUGGAAACUUCCUCUCUCCAGCUGAGUUUGUUAAGCAUGCUGGUGGUGGGGAUGUCGCAUACCCUCUUAGGCACAUCGUUGUGAACCCUUCUGCUGCUCCCUUUUAGUGAUGGAAUUCCCUCUUUCCCUUCAACUAUAGGGCUGUAAUAUAGGUUAACAUUGAGGGAGUAAACAUUAGUUUGGCAGUUUCUUUUGUCUUUGUCUCCAUUUUUACUUAGCUCUUGAAUGAAACAAUAUUAUAUAUAAACACAUGCCUCCCUUCUGGAAGGGAGGAAUUCCUCACUUCCCCAUCUUCAUCUGUUUUUUUUGUGUGCCAAGGUGAUUGUUGAAGACUGACUUUUUUGAGGCAUACAUCACUGAGGUAGGUUUUAUCUUUUUAAAUAAAGUUUGGCAAAAUGUAUAAACUUGGGAUUAAACCCUUGUUGGGACAUGUAUAAACUAUGGCAAAAUGUAUUGGUUUGACAUCUCUA